AUGCCAAAGUUCAAUGUCUUUGGGACUGGAGUGUCCCUUCAAGUGGCCAUUUGGAUAGCCUGUUCGAUGGCAUUCAUGCUUUUUGGCUAUGACCAAGGCGUCUUCUCUGGAAUUAUAGAAAACGAUAACUUCCUCCGUACAAUGGGUCAUCCGAACGACAGUCUGACGGGUAUCAUCGUCUCAAUUUAUAAUCUGGGGUGCUUUGCCGGGUGUGUUGUGAACUUCAUGACAGGGGAUAUACUAGGACGGCGACGCAGCAUGUGGUUUGCAAUGACUUGGGUUAUUAUUGGUGCUACCCUGCAGUGCUCGGCGUAUACAGUCCCACACAUGAUGGUUGGCCGAUUUGUGACGGGGAUUGGAACUGGGAUCGAAACGUCAACGGUGCCCAUGUAUCAGGCGGAGCUGUCUGAGGCUAGUAAGCGAGGCAAACUGCUGUGCAGCGAGCCCAUGCUUGUGGCUGUGGGAAUUGUGAUCAGUUACUUCUUUGAUUAUGGGAUGAGCUUUGUUGGAGGGCCGAUCGCGUGGCGACUGCCAGUUGCAUGCCAGAUGAUAUUUGCAUUUAUUGUCAUUGCACUUGUUUUCGGUCUUCCUGAAUCACCGCGAUUUUACUACAAUGUGGGACGACAUGAGGAGGCCCUGCAGAUCCUCAGCGAUGUCCAUGGUUUGCCAAAAGACGACCCACAGAUUCAAGCUGAGCAGGCAGAGAUCUUUGAGGCAAUGUCUAUGGAGUCAAUGAAUGGAGAAUUUAAGUGGAGGCAUAUUUUCAAGCGCGACAAAAUGUCGACUGGUUACAGAAUUCUCCUUGCCUACGGAAUGCAGUUUAUGAACCAAAUGGGAGGGAUUAACCUUGUCGUAUACUAUAUCCCAACCGUCCUCAACUCCAACGUUGGCCUCAGCAAGAACCUCUCAUAG